AUGGCAAGCCACAUUGGCGACGAGAUAAGCCCCGAAGACGCCAGCGAGCGGCGGGGCAAGAAGCGCCGCACUGAUGUCGCGCGACAGGCCUGUGAGCGCUGUCGCGUGAAGAAGACUCGCUGCGACGAGCAGUUCCCCUGUGGACUGUGUCGCAGUCUGGGGGUCGAGUGUCUGUACAGCCAUCGGAAACCCUCGCGCAGUGAACUGUCCUCAAACGCACUGCUCCGGAUUCUUGGCAGACUAGAGUCCAAAGUCGACAACAUUGCUGCAAAAGGGCCAGGCCAGUUCUCAUACGCGACCGAGCCAUGGCCAGCAGAGGCAGAAGCAGGAGCAGGCUACGACAAUCCACGAUCGACCAGUUACAUUUCUCCAGGGGCGCAUGAGGUGGUGGAGACGGCGCCGCAUUACCCACAGUCGGCUAUCGUCCCGUGGAGUGCACACCAGGUGAUUGCCUGGAAGCCUGUGCUUUCUAUGCUGCCCGACGCAGUCCAGUUGAUCGUGAGCGAGUGCGGCAUCGACUAUUCGUCCUCGCUGGAGCUGAAGCGACCGCGCCUUCCGAUCGUGCCCCGGCCUGGCACCAAGGACGAGGACUCGCUGGGGAAUCUCAGUAUCUCGCUCGUCAAGGAGCUGUGCCACUCUUAUUUUGCGACCUUUCACCUAAACUAUCCCUUUGUGGAUCGCACCUUCUUCUUUCGACAUACCCUUCCCACUGCCAUCAAUGGGGAGUUUGGCUAUGACGUCGAGAGCUGUGUACUGCUGGCGGUGAUGGCCCUGGGCUGCUGGUCCAAGAUUGCUCUCCGCGAAGCCAGCGACUUUCGUGCCCAGGGCCGCUGGAGUACAUUGCCUCAAGAUGGGUUCCGCGAGGACAGGCGCAGUAGCACUGAUGGGACUACACCUGGCCUUGUCUUCUUCAACGAAUCCCGAAAACGCAUCGGGUGGUUGAUUAAUGACAACUGUAUGCAGAGUUGCCAAUACUAUCUGCUGUCAGGGCUAUUCUACGCUCAACUAGUACGCCCUGUCGACUGGUGCACCAUGACCAAUCGGGCAAGCGUGUGCUGCCGAAUGUUCUGGGAGAACGUUCCAACACCCUGCGACGAAUGGGUGGCGGAUAUGCAGUCCCGCCUGUUCUGGAACAUCGUCAUGUUCGACUCCAUCUUAACACAGGAACUAAGACUUCCCGGUUGCCAUUUAGACGAGAUGGCUCAACGGAUACCGCUGCCGAGGUUUAUCAGAAUGAAGGAGCCGUCCUUCCUCCCACUGAAUCCAGAAGCCGACGAGGAGGAUUCCUUUCACCAGUAUCACUUUCUGGCACAGGUUGCUCAUCGGAUACUCCUGAACAGGACCAAGACUACCAUGUUUGUGACGAGUAUGAUCCCUACGUCCGCCUCUCGAUCUCUCUCUAAUGUUACGGUAGGCGAGUAUAGUUCGCAGUCAGUCGCAGAGGAACUCCAUCAGCAGCUCGAACGAUGGCGGGAACGACUGCCCGCAACCCUUCAGUUCAAUGAUGAUCACCUCGUCCCGUUGCCCGAGUCUCCAAGCCAGAUCCUCGUCGUCUCGUGGCUUCGGUUCCGAUACAUCAUAGCAAAGUUCCAUUUCGGAAGGCUUAUAAUCCACAAAACCCUCCACCACCCAACGAACCCAACAGACGAAGAGCUCCGUCGAUGCACCGAGUUCUUCAACCAGAUCUUUGGCUGGGAGCCCUUCAUCCGCCUAUUCUCCGUCAUGAAGAGCUGCAUGCCGAUGAAGUUCCAUAUAGCCUGCCAACUCUUCGCCCAGAUUAUCAUGGUCUACUGCUUCCGGCAUAACCCUGAGCCCCGACUGCGCCAGGUGCUCCCCGCUGCGUACCCGCAAUGGUGCUCGUUUGCCCUGGGCUUUUUACAGGACGCGGCGCGCUCGAGUCCGACGUUGGCAAAGGAUGCGGAGAUUGCAACGGUCUUGUGCCAGGAUCUGAUGCUAAGUUAGAGGGCGAUAAUCUAACUAAUGAAUGAUCGGAUGAAAG